UGGUGGUCCUUGGCAUAGAGAAGAAGGGAAAGCUCUAAAAGAAAAAUCCUUGAGCUGUCAGCAAGGUCUAGAUUGAACAUCCACUUCAACCAGAUGAGAGGCUCCCUUUGUCUCAAAGGGGUUGAUUGGCAUGGGGGGAACAGCACAGGGGUGGCUUAUCAAACACUUCAGAUUUGUGUACUUUAAUGCUGCAGAGUUGGGGUCUGAUAAAGUGAUACUUUAAAGAUGUAGUCCUGAGCAACAAUAACACAAGUGGUAAUCUUGGGUCUUCUUGACUUGUAGCCACCCUACAUCAUGUUGCAGUGCAGCAGAGAUUAUGUCUGUGCUGUUUUUCCAUACCAUGAGGUACAAAGUGCAAGACCCCAGAAACGCCAGCAAUGACCGCUUUGUUCUUUCGAAGGGUCAUGCAGCACCAAUUUUAUAUUCUGUUUGGGCAGAGGCUGGCUUUCUACAAGAAGCAGAAUUACUGAACUUGAGGAAAAUUGAUUCUGUCCUAGAAGGACACCCAGUGCCAAGACAAGCCUUCACUGAUGUGGCUACUGGAUCCCUUGGGCAGGGUCUUGGUGCUGCUUGUGGAAUGGCAUACACUGGCAAAUUCUUUGACAGAGCCAGCUAUCGAGUGUACUGUCUGCUUGGAGAUGGAGAGUUAUCUGAAGGCUCUGUUUGGGAGGCAAUGGCCUUUGCUGGCUUUUACAAGCUUGAUAAUCUUGUUGCUAUAUUUGAUAUUAAUCGUCUUGGACAAAGUGACCCUGCUCCUCUGCAGCAUCACGUUGAAAUCUACCAGAAACGCUGCGAGGCCUUUGGCUGGCAUGCCAUCAUCGUGGAUGGACACAGUGUGGAGGAGCUUUGCAAAGCCUUUGGCCAGGCCAAACAUCAGCCAACAGCCAUCAUUGCAAAGACUUUUAAAGGCAAAGGCAUAUCAGGUGUUGAAGAUAAGGAAAGCUGGCAUGGAAAGCCCCUUCCAAAAAAUAUGGCUGAGCAGGUCAUUCAGGAAAUAGAUGACAGAAUCCAAAACAAGAAAAAGCUUUCUCCAGCCCUUCCUGAAGAAGAUGCACCCAUAGUAAAUAUUAGAAACAUUAAGAUGCCAUCUCCACCAACUUACAAAGUGGGAGAAAAGUGGGCCACCCGCAAGGCUUACGGGGUUGCACUUGCAAAACUGGGCCAUGCCAAUGAUCGAGUGAUUGCUCUGGAUGGUGACACAAAGAACUCCACCUUCUCAGAGCUCUUCAAGAAGGAACAUCCCAAUCGCUACAUUGAGUGCUACAUUGCUGAACAGAACAUGGUGAGCAUUGCAGUUGGCUGUGCCGCUCGUGACAGGACCGUUGCUUUUGCCAGCACUUUUGCCACCUUCUUCACGCGGGCGUUCGACCAGAUCCGCAUGGCUGCCAUCUCCGACAGCAACAUCAACCUCUGCGGCUCCCACUGCGGGGUGUCCAUCGGUGAGGAUGGGCCAUCUCAGAUGGGACUGGAGGAUCUGUGCAUGUUCCGGGCUAUUCCCAACUCCACUGUGUUCUACCCCAGUGAUGCUGUAGCCACUGAAAAAGCAGUGGAAAUAGCUGCCAACACCAAGGGCAUUUGUUUCAUCAGAACCAGUCGUCCUGAAAACCCUGUCAUUUACAACAACAAUGAGGACUUCCAUAUUGGACAGGCAAAGGUGAUUUUGAAGAGUAAAGAUGAUCAAGUGACUGUGAUUGGAGCAGGAGUCACUCUGCAUGAAGCACUGACUGCAGCAGAGCAGCUGAGAAAAGAAAAAAUCUACAUCCGUGUGAUUGAUCCCUUUACUAUAAAGCCCCUGGAUAAGAAGACAAUACUUGAAAGUGCAAGAGCAACCAAGGGCAGAAUCAUCACUGUUGAGGACCACUACCAUGAAGGUGGCAUUGGCGAAGCCGUGUGUGCCGCUGUCGUGGGCGAGCCCGGCGUCACCGUCACUCGCCUGGCUGUGUCCCACGUGCCCCGCAGCGGGAAGCCAGCUGAGCUGCUGAGGAUGUUUGGCAUUGACAAGGAUGCCAUCAUGCAGGCGGUGAGGGCAGCCGUGUCCAAAUCCAGGAACGCCGAGUAGUGCGAAGCGUCUCGUGCUGUGUAACGGAAGAGCUGCGUUCGGAGAGGUUAAGGCAGGCAAAGGUGCUUUAUGUAGAGAGUUCUAAUAAAAAUACCAGCUUAAAAAAC